UUCCGCCGGGAUUCGACACUGCCCCCUCCGCUGCUGCAGCCUGGUCGCGAGGAGCUGUACCAAUUCACUUAUUAUUAGCGAUAUCAGAAAUGAUAAACAAUUUGCCGUUUUAAACGCAGGGAAAAGUCAGUCGUUGGAUACCACCACCCUCUGCAAAAUGCAGGCCAUCAAAUGCGUCGUGGUGGGCGAUGGAGCGGUGGGAAAGACAUGUCUUCUCAUCAGCUAUACCACCAAUGCCUUCCCUGGAGAAUACAUCCCCACAGUGUUUGACAACUACUCUGCCAAUGUGAUGGUAGAUGGGAAACCAGUUAAUCUGGGACUGUGGGAUACUGCAGGACAGGAGGACUACGACAGGCUCAGACCACUGUCCUAUCCACAGACGGAUGUGUUCUUGACAUGUUUCUCUCUGGUGAGCCCUGCCUCCUUCGAGAACGUCAGAGCUAAGUGGUACCCGGAAGUACGUCACCACUGCCCCAACACCCCCAUCAUCCUGGUGGGCACGAAGCUGGACCUGAGGGACGACAAGGACACUAUUGAGAGGCUGAGGGACAAGAAGUUGUCCCCAAUCACCUACCCUCAGGGCCUGGCCAUGGCACGGGAGAUCGGUGCGGUGAAGUACCUGGAGUGCUCAGCCCUGACCCAGAGGGGACUAAAGACCGUUUUCGACGAGGCCAUCCGGGCCGUCCUGUGCCCGCCGCCAAUCAAAAAGAGGCGCAAGAAGUGCACCCUCUUCUGAGAGGGGGUGCGAGGAGGAGGGGGGUGAGGAAGAGGGGGGGCGAGGAGGAGGGGGUCUGCAAGAAAUAACAACAGAAUCUACUGUUUUACAGAAAGUGUUGCUAAUCUAUCGAUGUCAGUGUCUCAAAUAUACCCUAGUCCCCCUUUAACACUGGUCAAAAGUAGUGCACUAUAUAGGGAAUAGGGUUGUUGUUUGUAUUGGAGUAGUAGUGCACUAUGUAGGGAAUAGGGUUGUUGUUUGUAAGGGAGUAGUAGUGCACUAUGUAGGGAAUAGGGCUGUUGUUUAUAAGGGAGUAGUAGUGCACUAUAUAGGGAAUAGGGUUGUUGUUUGUAAGGGAGUAGUAGUGCACUAUGUAGGGAAUAGGGUUGUUGUUUGUAAGGGAGUAGUAGUGCACUAUGUAGGGAAUAGGGUUGUUGUUUAUAAGGGAGUAGUAGUGCACUAUGUAGGGAAUAGGGCUGUUGUUUAUAAGGGAGUAGUAGUGCACUAUAUAGGGAAUAGGGUUGUUGUUUGUAAGGGAGUAGUAGUGCACUAUGUAGGGAAUAGGCAACGCUUCACAGAUAUAGGUUGUUGACACAAGAGUGGGUAGAACUUGAAAGGGUUUGUCCCUAAUUGCACCUGAUUCCUUAAAUAGUGCACUACUUUUGACCAGGACCCACAUAGGGAAUAGGGUGCCAUUUGGGAAACAGACUAAGGCACAAUUAAUUGAACUCCUCUUUAGGACUUUUGCAUCCAUUCUGUGUGACCUAUGCCUUAAAUCAAUUGGGUAAAUUGAACGGGUCAGUGUCUCGGAGAGAGAGGCCAUUCUGGGUAAAUUGAACGUGUCAUUGUCUCAGAGAGAGAGGCCAUUCUGGGUAAAUUGAACGGGUCAGUGUCUCAGAGAGAGAGGCCAUUCUGGGUAAAUUGAACGUGUCAUUGUCUCAGAGAGAGAGGCCAUUCUGGGUAAAUUGAACGGGUCAGUGUCUCGGAGAGAGAGGCCAUUCUGGGUAAAUUGAACGUGUCAUUGUCUCAGAGAGAGAGGCCAUUCUGGGUAAAUUGAACGUGUCAUUGUCUCAGAGAGAGAGGCCAUUCUGGGUAAAUUGAACGUGUCAUUGUCUCAGAGAGAGAGGCCAUUCUGGGUAAAUUGAACGUGUCAUUGUCUCAGAGAGAGAGGCCAUUCUGGGUAAAUUGAACGUGUCAUUGUCUCAGAGAGAGAGGCCAUUCUGGGUAAAUUGAACGUGUCAUUGUCUCAGCGAGAGAGGCCAUUCUGGGUAAAUUGAACGUGUCAUUGUCUCAGAGAGAGAGGCCAUUCUGGGUAAAUGGAACGUGUCAUUGUCUCAGAGAGAGAGGCCAUUCUGGGUAAAUUGAACGUGUCAUUGUCUCAGAGAGAGAGGCCAUUCUGGGUAAAUUGAACGUGUCAUUGUCUCAGAGAGAGAGGCCAUUCUGGGUAAAUUGAACGUGUCAUUGUCUCAGAGAGAGAGGCCAUUCUGGGUAAAUUGAACGCGUCAUUGUCUCAGAGAGAGAGGCCCUUCUGGGUAAAUGGAACGGGUCAGUGUCUCAGAGAGAGAGGCCAUUCUGGGUAAAUUGAACGUGUCAUUGUCUCAGAGAGAGAGGCCAUUCUGGGUAAAUGGAACGGGUCAGUGUCUCAGAGAGAGAGGCCAUUCUGGGUAAAUGGAUCGGGUCAUUGUCUCAGAGAGAGGCCAUUCUGGAGAUGGAGAACAACCACAAUGGGUUGUAAAUCUGAUACCGUCCUGAUCAACUCAACUUCUUUCCUUUAUAAGGCAAAAUACAGAAAUCACACAGACACACACAGGUGAUUGGUUUAUUUCUGUAACCCUGCAGUACGGUAGGACCAGGUGAUUGGUUUAUGUCUAUAACCAGUGCAGUACGGUAGGGCCAGGUGAUUGGUUUAUGUCUAUAACCAGUGCAGUACUGUAGGACCAGGUGAUUGGUUUAUGUCUAUAACCAGUACAGUACUGUAGGACCAGGUGAUUGGUUUAUGUCUAUAACCAGUACAGUACUGUAGGACCAGGUGAUUGGUUUAUGUCUAUAACCAGUACAGUACUGUAGGACCAGGUGAUUGGUUUAUGUCUAUAACCAGUACAGUACUGUAGGACCAGGUGAUUGGUUUAUGUCUGUCACCCUGAAGUACAGUACUGUAGGACCAGACGAUUUUACUGGCCAGUUCAGGUCACAUGGUCAGGAACAACUCUUACCCAUAACGACUGGCCUCUGUGGCCAAUGUGACAGAAGAUGAAUCCUCAAGAAAUGGGCCCACUAAACUGAUUCAAGAUCAGUACUCUUUAUCUCUGAGACUCUUGAGACACACAGGCCCAGGAAGUAUCUUACAGCCGCGAUGCCAGUUUGUACAGAACAACGAGUCCUUGUUCUUUUAUUUCUUUGUUCCCUGCCUGCUUGGCAGUUAUUCAGCUCCAUUUGAAACCCACUAAAGGGGAAAAGGUUGUCAAUGUGCCAUAGUGAAGACUGUUUUGUGGAACUAGCAUGCGAAAUCGUGAUGAGCUCUCUCUCUCUCUCUCUCUCUCUCUCUCGCUGCAGAACCCAGACUACUGAAGUAUGGGUGUGUCUCCAAUGGCGACCCUAUUACCUAUAUAUGUCUCUAUGUGUCCUGGUCCAAAGUUGUGCACUAUAUAGGACACAGGUUGCCAUUUGGGAUACAAUCUCCUUUAAAGGCUCCCAAGAGGACAUGCGGUCUUAAUAUGUUUUUAGGCUGUAUUUUUUUUAACUCUC